GGCCAGUGGAGGGAUUGGCAGAGGGGGGUGGAGGACACUGAGUGGAGACCAGUGGAGGGAUUGGCAGAGGGGGUGGAGGCCAGUGGAGGGAUUGGCAGAGGGGGGUGGAGGACACUGAAUGGAGGCCAGUGGAGGGAUUGGCAGAGGGGGGUGGAGGACACUGAGUGGAGGCCAGUGGAGGGAUUGGCAGAGGGGGGUGGAGGACACUGAGUGGAGGCCAGUGGAGGGAUUGGCAGAGGGGGGUGGCGGAUACGGAGCGGUUGGAAAGGUGAAUGAGUGAGUCUGGCAGCCGUAUUCAGGAUGGACUGAAGCGGGGAUAGCCUGUGGCGAGGCAGGCCAGUGAGGAGGGAGUUGCAGUAGUUGAGUCGUGAUAUGAUGAGGGAGUGGAUGAGCUGUUUAGUGGUUUCUGGGGUUAGGAACGUGCGGAUUUUGGCGAUGUUCCGGAGGUGGAGUCUGCAUGAAUUUGUCAGCAAUUGGACCUGGGGCUGGAAAGACAGAUUGGAGUCUAG